AUGCUCACAUCGGGAGAGGUGCUCAUUCAUGACAACGCCCAUCCUCACAGUGCUGCUGUGACGAAGCGUCUUCUUGACGGGUUUGAAUGGGACGUUUUUGACCAUCCGGCGUAUAACCCAGACUUAGCACCAAGCGACUAUCACCUUUUCCCGGAACUGAGGAAAAUGCUAGGAGGACAGAGCUUCCGAACAGACGAUGCGCUGCAAGAUGCUGUGAAAAACCAUCUCAAAUCACUGGCGGCUAACUUCUAUGAACAAGAGAUAGCAGCCGUUCUGGAAAAACUGGAGGCCAAUUCUGGUAAAAUCGCCAAGCAGCAACGUCAUAUCGACGCUCUGGUCAGUGAGAAUAUUAAAUUGAAUAGCAGAUUUCUCAAGUGGGAGUUCAAACAGGACGACCAAGAACAGGAUGGCCGAUGA